GCCACAGCUGAUGUUUAUAGAAAUGAGGGUAAUGAGGCCUUCAAGAAAGGAGAUUUCAUCAAUGCUAUUCAUUUUUACACCAAAGGAAUUAAAAUGAACUGCAAUGAGAAAGAACUGAAGGCCAAACUGCACAACAACAGGGCUAUUGCACAUUCUAAACUUGGUAAGAUGAUGAGAGCUUUAAUAUGCAUUUUUUUUUCUAUUUUGAAGCUAUUGAGUUGUCAGUAGUAGUUUUCUGAAAAAGGUGAUAAUUUUGAAUGCAUGCCCGGAAAAAUUUACAUCUUAUCUUGGCCUCUCAAAUAUACAAAGAAGUAACCUCUUACCCCAGAUAUCAACGAGCAUCACAAGUUUUUCUCAAAAUUAUAGUAAUGGUAGUUGGUUUGCAACAUGUAUGGCUAAUCAGAGAUAUUUAUUUCAAUAACAGGAAAUCACCAGGAUUCACUAAGGGAUGCAGAAGCAGCCAUUGAGUUAAAUCCAACUUUCCUCAAGGCAAUUGUGAGAGGUUAGAUAUGUUAGCUAUACUUUAAUAAUAAUAAUAAAAAAAGAACUCAACACUCUAAGGUUAAAUGAGGUUAAAUAGAGUUCAAUCUUGUCUCAAUGGACUUUAAUUAAGAGGUCGAGACCACCCUGAUGUACAUUUGAAUCCAGCUCUUGACUGCUACGCCAUUACUUCCAUUAAUCAUGAUGAGAAUAUUAUUUUAAACGGGGUGAGGAACUCAAUGCGGAAUGCAAAGCAAAAUUUCAGCAUGAAUAUUUUAGUUCCUUAAGUCCAAUGAGUCACAGGUGUCGGAUAUAUUAAGAGCGUGUCCACGAGAUCUCCGGGCGGUCGUGCUACAUGCCAUCUCACCGAUUUUAAUUAAACUUUGCCAGUUUAAAGGGUCUACCCCAAAACUCAAAACGACAAACUGGUUUCUGUUUUGGUUAUUUUUCCGGGGGGAGAUAGACCACCCCCGGUUUUUCUUGGUUUUCACCAAGGAAAUCGCUUCAAAUAGGUAAAAUUUAUGAAGCUCUCACUGCGAUGGUAUUUAACUGAUCACUUUGAGAAUUUGCACACAUAUUUUUACAUCCUUAUUUAAUGUCUGCUGCGAGUAUCAGUCAGUUUAAUCAACGGCUUGUCAAUCAACAGAGGCAAAUAUACGAGUGUGUUUUUAGACUUUUCGAUUCAUCUAAAUAUUUUACAACUUUGAGGUCAAAUAUCUCCCGUUGCCAGAAAGCUACAACACUAAUCUUAAUUACCCUUUAUAACCCAUCAUUUCAUCUCUGAAAAUCAUCAAAAAAAUCUUUGGGCACUACCGUAUUUUUGUCUUGGAUGCCUUUUAAAAUCUGCGACUGUAACAAGUUUCUCUCAACUACACCUGUCACGCAAUUCUUGCUCUAGGCGGUCACUUGACAAAAUAAACCUACAUUUUUUAGCUCUUCAUACAAGAUGAUUGAUCAAGAAAGGUGAAAAUUAUAAAAACUUUCGAGAAAAACUUUCGAGAUGCAUGUAGACGAAAAAUCAAUGGGAAAAUCGUAGCGUUUCUUUCUUCGGUCGUUUAUUACUUUGAAGAUUUGCUAAAAUCAGCAGAUAUGGCUUUUGUACGGCACAAAACAUUCAUUAGUCUAUAAUUUGAUUGUUUAUCAUCAUCACUGCUCAUUUUAGGAGAUUUUAAAGUCACAUGCUGCGUGUUGGCUGAUAUUACUACAUGUUCCAGUGUGCUACAACUUCGGCUUUCACAGACGAGAAAUUCUGCGCUCUCGCUCGAGAGCAAAUAUAAAUUGUUCUAUCGGACUAAAAACUGUGCUUCUAUCCCGAAAAUAAAAUUAAAAUAGUGUUGACGUUGUCACUUACCGCCAUCGAACAUUUACAUACAGAACUCCGCUAUGCUAACAUCUGUUGUGUGACCCAAAGACUCUCCCUAGGAAUUAUUCAAGCGCGUUGUUCAUGCUGUCUGCUAGAUAACAAUUUCAGAAUAAUCUGCAGAUCUCUAUGAUUAUUUACCUGCUUCGAUCGUAAAAUAUCUGCAUAUUUUUUCAAGCAUUCUAUUACUACAUAUAAAUCUACAUCUCUCUAAAUCGAGUGUUGCCGGCGUUUAGUUGCGUGACUUGUAAAAUUUUUAAAUAAGAAUGAGCCAACAGUAAUUUGACGAGUAGCCUUCCUGCAAAUUUCCCUUGAUGAAAUCCCAAGACAUAGCCAGUUGUUUUCGUGAGCAAAGACAAUAAAUAUGAAAGGAAAGUGAGAUGCGAAUGUCUAUUUUUUUUUUUAACUUAAUAGCAGCUGUACCCUCUCCUGCAGUCUUCGUCUAAAUUUUGUAAGGUCCCUCUUUAUCUUCUGCCUUGUUCGGUCAGUUUCGAAUUCUGAAGCUAGAUCAUUGGCAUCGGCCUCUCCGUCCUUAUUCAUAUUUACAGAGGGGGACCUCAUCAAUAAACCAAUCUUUGUUACAGCAGAUAACCGGCUGAAGUAUCGAGCGAUUUGCUGCUGUAUCAACCUGUCAGUCUUAGACAACAUUUAUGGCUGGUGUUGUCUCUUAAACUCUCUCGAUAUUUGGGAGAUCACAUUAGAGGCGGUUGCCUUACUAGUUUCCUCCCUUGCCCAGCACACGUCUAGGAGAUAAUUCCCUGCUUUCUGAGAAAAGGUGACUGUUUUUGUGUUUUCCAAAGAGCCCAUCCAAAGUCCUUUUGGCUAGUUAGGGAUUGUUCGACAGAAUUUUUACCUGAGGUCCGACCUCGAACGUAGCAGUCCCUUAUAGAAUGGCAAGCCGGUAAUAGUCCAUUUCCUCUUGAUCUUUCCCAGGCGGAAUUUUUUUGUCGGCUUCACUGUGUUUGUCUUUGUCAGGGCACAUUUGGAUGGCAGCCAAUGACUGAAACGUCUUGAUACAUCCUUCUUUUAGCACGAAUAUCUCGUUUUCUUGUUCCGUCUAUGACGGAUUGGGUAUAGUUCUCACGAUGACCUGCGUUCAGAAAUCUGUGCGCGUUGCUGAUAACCACCCGCUUCUACGACUAGUUUGUUGAAGGUUUCUAAUGUGAUGAGCCUAGUGAGACCCUGAGGUGCUUCAAACUGUGCCAGUUGGUCUGCGCUAUAAACUUGUCGCAGUUCUUAAGUCAGACGGAGGAUCGCCCACCUCUAUCUAUGUGAGCGCCUCUAUAGUACCUGCAUAUCCCUAACAAUCAUAUGAUAUAAAGUUCAUCUCAGUCACAAAUCACCAGUUAGGAAAACUGAUGUUCAGAUAAGCGCUCUUCUUGCCCUUCUUCCUUAUUCAUUGUCGACUCUAAGAUAGCAGUUACAGUACGCGUUCUAUUUAGGUUUACAUUCACCUUGCCGCCACUAGAAAGACUCGCCACCAGCUUUGAUUUCUUCUGCCAUCUGCAGAUUCAUCUCUCUCUCACUUUAUGUCUCCGAUUUUUAUGAGGAGGAAACUGGCAUUUACGAACCCGAAGGUCUGAACCUCACACCAAGUUGUGCACGAUAUUUGAGGUACAUCGUGAAAUCACGGCCUUCGUAAUCUCCAAAUAAGCCAAUACGCGCUAGAAUAGGCUCCACCUCGGACGAAACGCAUGUUUGGGAUACAUCGAGGUCUCUAAAAUGUUUUUUUUUUAAGCUGUAUACCCACGAAUUUAGAGGUAUGAGAUGUUGCCGUCCCUGGCCAGCGCGAGAAAAGUAACAUUUGGUUCUACAGUUAGUUGCAAAUGAAGAAGACAACUGCACCAUCUUGACUUUAUCAAUUCGAGUGUUAGAUUGAAUUGAGGGCUUUUUAGACACUCGAUUUCUUAUAUGGCAUCACUAUGAAGACGUAAUACAACUGAUACACCUACACUGCAUAGGAUUAACAAUGUCUGUUGCGCUGUUGCGAGAAGGAGGAAAAUAUGACCGGAAGUGUACGCUCUUUUUAAAAAGAGUUUCAGAGACGUUUCAGAGAUGUCUAUCUUUGAUCGGCUGUCACAAAAAAAUAACCCCCACCUUAAUUUACAAGGAAAAAUGAACUUACCAACUCCUUGUUGAAAAAAAUUGGAAUUCAUUUGACCGAUACGCCGGUUGUUUCAAUUUUUCUUUUCCUCGGGCUGCUAUGAAACAGUUCAUAAAUUGACUAAUGAAUAAAGUGUUUUGAAAUACCGUUCAGGAUUUUGCUUUUUUUUUCUGCGUGUAAAUCAAGAGUAGACAAAGUUUUUAAACAUUUGACUAGAUUUUCAUGGAGUUCACCUGGAUAAUUUUCGUCGGCCAGAGUCAAGACGCGCCAAGCUAAGCGACAUCGCCCUCCAGUAAAAAAAAUUUCCAAAGAAUAAACGUGGCGAGCGUGAGGAAACGCACAUUUUUUUCAUCAUUGUCAUCAAAGCCCGAUGAUGUACCUAAAUUGGUACUUACGGUAUGACAGGGUGAGCUUUUCGAGUUUCCGUUCAGUUUUUUUGUAUUGUUUUGUUUUGUCUUUUUUUUUCUUCUGGUCUGUAAUGAUAUCAAUGGUUUCAGGUUCUUUUCUCAGAAUUGAGCUACAGUAAUAGUAUGCUUCUUUGUGUUGUUGCCUUCAGGAGCCACUGCUUGUAUUGAAUUGAAGAGAUUUGAAGAAGCAAUCACUUGGUGUGAUAAGGGACUAGCUGUAUCCUUUGAAAGAAUCUUUCAUUUUUAACCGUGGGUAUAAUGGAAAAAAGUUUCCAGCUCAUAUACUUUCAAGGGAGAAAAUACAAAGAAGGGUAUUAAUUACGAUGGGAACUUGUCAGCUCAUAUACUUUAAGUGUGUGUGAUUAAAAACAUAGGAGAAGUUAUUACCUCAUGACUUAUUAAUGAAAUUAAUCCUUUUUAGCCAAUUUGACUUAGUUCUACUAUCCAUGCCAAUAACUGGUACAUUAGUUUAAAUAACCCUUUAAUUUCCCAGCACAAAUUUGUAAUUAUCCUUAUUGUCAACCAUACAAUUCUUGUAAUGUUAGUACAGAGAAUUCAGUAUUGCAUCAACUAACUAUUUUUAAAUUGAUAUAUUUUUUUUUACUCUCAACGCUUGAUUGAUAUUGUAUUGCUAUUGUAAGGAGAAAUUCUCUUUUGGUCACUCACGGGAGUUAAAGGGUUAGAAGACUAAUAUUCAUCCAGUUUAUACAUAGUACUUGGGUAGAUGAUCUCUCUAAAACAAGCCAGAACAAAAAGCUCUUAAAUGUUUACAUAUCUUAUGCAGAUUUUCUUGCCUUCGACCUUUUGCCUCUACUUAGAGACUCAGAAACUUUCGUUGUGCUUUCCUAUGGACAAAUAAAAGUUUUAAAGAUAUGUAUUUAUUUUAUGUAUUUUUGUUUUUUCCACAUUUUUACACACCCUUAACAUAAAAAAGAUUGACAAAAACAAUAGGAUCUUGUCGUCAUUAAGACUUCAGGCUGUCAGUGAAGUGGGAAAUAAGUCAAUGGAGGAAAAAGAUCCUAUUAGUCAUGACCACGGUAGUGCAAGUUCAGGUGAUGUCAAGAAAGUCAUAGAUGUCUAUAAUCAGGGAAAAGAAGCCAUAGAGUACCUCAACCUAUAUCUUAAAAAAGCUAAAGAAGUAGGAGACAAGCAUGGGGAGGGUAACGCUUAUGGCAGUCUUGGCAAUGCUUAUCACCGUCUGGGUGAUUUCAAAAAAGCCAUAGAGUACCACAACCUACAUCUUAAAAUAGCUAAAGAAGUAGGAGACAAGCAUGGGGAGGGUAACGCUUAUGGCAAUCUUGGCAAUGCUUAUCACAGUCUGGGUGAUUUCAAAAAAGCCAUAGAGUACCACAACCUACAUCUUAAAAUAGCUAAAGAAGUAGGAGACAAGCAUGGGGAGGGUAACGCUUAUGGCAGUCUUGGCAAUGCUUAUCACAGUCUGGGUGAUUUAAAAAAAGCCAUAGAGUACCCCAACCUACAUCUUAAAAUAGCUAAAGAAGUAGGAGACAAGAAUGGGGAGGGUAACGCUUAUGGCAGUCUUGGCAAUGCUUAUUUUAGUCUGGGUGAUUUCAAAAAAGCCAUAGAGUACCACAACCUACAUCUUAAAAUCGCUAAAGAAGUAGGAGACAAGCAUGGGGAGGGUAACGCUUAUGGCAGUCUUGGCAAUGCUUAUCACCGUCUGGGUGAUUUCAAAAAAGCCAUAGAGUACCACAACCUACAUCUUAAAAAAGCCAAAGAAGUAGGAGACAAGCAUGGGGAGGGUGCUUCUUAUGGCAAUCUUGGCAAUGCUUAUCACAGUCUGGGUGAUUUAAAAAAAGCCAUAGAGUACCCCAACCUACAUCUUAAAAUAGCUAAAGAAGUAGGAGACAAGAAUGGGGAGGGUAACGCUUAUGGCAGUCUUGGCAAUGCUUAUUUUAGUCUGGGUGAUUUCAAAAAAGCCAUAGAGUACCACAACUUAGAUCUUAAAAUAGCUAAAGAAGUAGGAGACAAAUCCUCGGAGGCAAUAGCCUACUGUUCAUUAGGAUUGGUUUUUGAGUUACAAGGUAGACUGCCAAAAGCCGUUGAACAUUACCAAGCUAGCAUAAACUUAUUCAAUUCCUUGAGAGUACUUCUAAUAUCUAAAGAUGAGUGGAAAGUUAAUUUUCGAAAUCAGCACCAAGUGGCGUAUACGGGUUUGUGGAGAGUUCUCGUAGAACAAGGUAAUGUAGAUGAAGCCUUAUUUGUUGCUGAGAAAGGACGAGCUCAAGCUCUGACCGACCUCAUGGAAUCCAGUUUUUGUGGUGGAACAAGUCACCACAAGGGAGAAGAUGAAGAUUGCGCAGUUUUAAAAAACGUUCCAUCAAACACUGUCUUUCAGGCCGUGGACAAAGCUAACGUCAAUCUUUGGGUUGUGUCCGAAGGAAAACAAGUUCAGUUAAGACAAAGUAAACUCAAAGGUUUUGUUUCAGAGAAUAGUGGAUCUAGCCUGUCCUUUGAGUCGUUCAUGCUCGGUGUCUAUACACAACUUGGUGUUCGUUCUAAUGUGAGAUGCGAGAACCGAUCUUUAGAUACUUUGAGGGAGGGCCGUUCAAAAGUGGAUGAGAAAACCAAAGAAGCCAAGCCUCAACCUCACAUCCAACGAGACGGAUGCUUGAGCACUUUGUAUGAUAUCGUUAUGAAGCCGGUGGCAGACUUGAUUGAAGGGGAUGAGCUACUCAUUAUUCCUGAUGGACCCCUGUGGAUCGCUCCUUACGCUGCAUUGAAGGAUGGCAAUUCUAAAUACCUGUGUGAAUCGUUCACAAUCCGAGUCGCUCCAUCGUUAGCAAGUCUUAGACUCAUUGCCGAUUGCCCAGAUGAUUAUCACAAAAGCAGUGGUGCGUUACUUGUAGGAGAUCCGUGGGUAUCCGAGGUUACUAACAGCGAGGGAAAGAAAGUCUUGGAGCAGCUUGAGUAUGCUAAAAAAGAAGUAGAAAUGAUCGGAAAAAUUCUGAAUAUCACGCCAAUCACCGGCAGUCAGGCCACGAAACGUGAGGUGUUGAAAAGACUCAGUUCCGUUUCCCUAGUUCACUUUGCGGCACACGGAUGUAUGGAAACUGGCGAAAUUGCUCUUACACCUGACCCACACCGAAUAUCUACUGUGCCAACGGAGGAGGAUUACAUUUUAACAAUUGGAGAUGUGUUGAAUGCUCAACUUCGGGCCAAACUUGUUGUGCUUAGUUACUGCCACAGCGGCUGGGGCGAGAUCAAAGCUGAAGGUGUGGUUGGCAUUGCGCGCGCUUUUAUGGGGGCUGGUGCUCGGUCUAUUGUGGCGUCCCUGUGGGCGAUUGAUGACGAGGCUAAACUUGAGUUCAUGAAACACUUUUAUCAACAACUUGCAGGAGGUAAACCAGCAAGCGAGUCACUGAACCUGGCCAUGAAAAGCCUCAGAGAAUCAGACAAGUUCUGCGACAUCAAACACUGGGCGCCCUUUUUGCUGAUUGGAGAUGACGUCACUCUUGACUUCAUAGCAAAGGAAAGAGAAAAUUUGAAUAUGAAAUCACGUAAAUGA